UAGGUGUAGCUAAUUGGUAUUAAUUUAUCAAUGAAACCCAGUCGUUGUCUCUACAAAGGUUCGUUGUCUCUACAAAGGUUUUGAGUUUGGAAGAUCUUAAUCGGAACCAAAAGAGAGAUUUUGCGAUGGCCUGGCUAACUCGUUUCUUGGCAGCCGUGGCUUUCUUAGCCAUCGGAGUUAUAUUCUCUCCGGAAACCUUUGGAUCAAAAUCGGACGGUCUCCGUUCACCCAAACUCUCCACCUACCUCAAACUCGCUCAUCUCCUCAGCUUCUCUGCUUCCUGGGGCACGGCUCUCUGGGUCACCUUCAUCGGAGGCAUAGUCAUGUUUAAGAACCUCCCAAGGCAUCAAUUUGGCAAUCUGCAAAGCAAAAUGUUUCCUGCAUAUUUCGCACUGGUGGGUACUUGCUGCGCAAUAUCAGUGGCAUCGUUUGGGUAUCUUCAUCCGUGGAAGUCUUCGACCACUGCUGAGAUAUACCAGCUUGGCUUUUUGCUCUCUGCAUUCGCUUUCAACCUCACCAAUUUGUUUGUCUUUACCCCAAUGACAAUCGAGAUGAUGAAACAAAGGCAUAAGGUGGAGAGGGAAGAGAACAUUGGUACCGAAGUUGGGUGGUCAAAGAAUGUGGAGGCUGCAAAACGGAAUCCAAAGCUUGCAGCCAUGAACAAGAAGUUUGGGAUGAUUCAUGGAUUGUCAUCUCUUGCUAAUAUUAUGUCCUUUGGGAGCCUUACUAUGCACUCAUGGUACUUGGCAGGUAAACUCGAUCUGUAAUUUAAAAAAAAAAAAAAAAAGGGUUUUAUCGUUAUUUCCCAUGGACAAAUACAUUGAGCAAAGACUUGUAUGAAUUAUCCCUUGGAGGGAUACUUUUUUUGGUCGUUUCUUGGCCAAGUUGUGUACCAUUAAACAAUAUUAUUAUAGUUGUUUCAUUGUGAUCUAUAAAUUAUAAAAAUAAAAAAAUAGAAGGGACAAGAAUUGAUGCAAUUCCUCUUCUGUAGACUUGGCAAAAGAUGGAUGUAUGAAUAUUGAACAAGGAUAAUAAAAUCUUCUUCUUUUAUUA